AUGGAGGGACUCUUCACUUUGCUCGCAUUGAGCAUUGUGAUGGCCGUUACAUCAUUUGUCGUGGGAUCACUACCGCUCGCCUUCACACUUUCUCCUUCUCAGCUAAGAUUGAUAUCCUCCCUUGGAAUGGGAGUUCUGGUUGGGACAUCUUUGAUCGUUAUUAUUCCGGAGGGAGUCGAAACCCUAUACAGCGCAAACUCCCUUAGCAGUCGAAAAGAACUUAGCAGCCGAUCGACGACAGCCGUCAAUUGGCAACACCAGGCUGUACCUGUGACCAAUUUCCCGAGGACAUUGGAAGGACCAGAUUCCUCGGAUGUCAAAUUUACGCCUCGAUCGGUGCUAUCCGAUCUGCCAUCCGCACCGGUCACGGUACCUACAACCCAUUCUACACUAGAUCAAAGGCCCAGAAUUGUGGGACGCAAGGACGAUACAUCGGACGAUCACACAGGCGAGGAUCACGAUCAAGAUAACUCCCCCCACGCUUGGAUAGGAAUUGCACUCAUUAGUGGCUUUAUACUGAUGUACCUCAUCGACAAACUGCCCGUUUUCGCGUCAUCCUCCAAACAGGAGCGAAUUCCCUAUCACAUUUCUCUGGAUAAUUUGGGUUCCGGCCUGCGGCGUAAUUCGUCGCCGUCACGCGAGGGGGGCUUGCUUGAUGCCGGUAAUAUCCCCAGGAGAAGCCACAGCUUUGCAACGACAACUGGACUUGUCAUUCAUGCUGCCGCCGAUGGAAUUGCCUUGGGUGCAUCUAGCUCUGACACUGGGCUGAGCUUCAUCAUCUUCCUGGCCAUCAUGGUUCACAAAGCCCCCGCAUCGUUUGGCCUCACCUCAGUGCUACUGAAGCAGGGCCUUUCUAGUCGUACCGCUAGAGCGCAUUUAUUGAUUUUCAGUUUGGCUGCUCCUGUAGGUGCUCUCAUGACAUUUUUGUUUGUGCAGAUCAUGGGCUCGGGGUCAGGAGGUGAUGACGUUGGGAACCGCUGGCGAACCGGAGUUCUUCUCUUGUUCUCUGCUGGCACAUUCCUAUACGUUGCCAUGCACACGAUGCAGGAAAACAGCCCGAACUCAUCGUCACGUGAGUCUCAGGUCAACGGAUACGGCGACCAUAGAGAGGCACCGUCAGCAUCGGACAAGUCUAUGAGGGACCUGAUCGCUUCUGUUGUUGGCAUGGUUCUUCCACUGUUCCUGCAGAUUGGCCAUGCCCACUAG